CCUCUGUGGGAGUGACGGACGGCCGUGGGGAGGUGGUCCGGGACUCGGGUCCCUUUCUCCCUGGGCCGAGACCCGCGCCCUGGGAAUUGCGAGCCGCUUCGCCCUCUGUUUUCACCCUUGCCUCUGUUUUCGCGCGCAGGCGAAGCUGUUGUUACUAGCGGGGUCGUGUUAAAUAGUUCUCGAGUGAAAGUGCCUCCACGUUUGCUGAUGAUGUGGCUCCUAAGUCAGACUCCUGGAGGACUCAGCCUGGCACUCAGCGUCGGGUAUCGGUUGUAUAACAGCGCUGCCCUAGUUAUCUUUUUGUGAGGCGUGGAUCCUUCCACUGACGAGCCGUUUUAAGGUCGUAAAAUCUUGGGUGAAGAAUCCAUUUGCACAGCCCAAUCUGAAGCCCCCACAGAAGGGAGAAGUGUUGCUGCCCUGAAAUCAGCCACGCUUAAAAUAAGGAUCUCCGCCCGCCUUCUGUGUUACCCGGGUGGAGCUAGUUGAAGACAAAUCCUCUGUACGUGUUAAUUGAAGUAACUUAAUUCAGAGCAGGAACAGUCAUGCCAUCUUUUAAGGGCACCGUGCGCCCAUGUUAUUAAGAGGAGCUCUUUGUUCUGCGUUUGAUGUGUGAUGCAUUCAUAAGAGUCUUCAGCGCAUCCGCGAAAGAAAACUUUGUGUGAUGUGAUUCUCAUGGUCCAAGAAAGAAAGAUACCUGCUCACCGUGUUGUCCUUGCUGCAGCCAGUCAUUUUUUUAACUUAAUGUUCACAACUAACAUGCUGGAAUCAAAGUCCUUUGAAGUAGAACUCAAAGAUGCUGAACCUGACAUUAUUGAACAACUGGUGGAAUUUGCUUAUACUGCUAGGAUUUCUGUGAAUAGCAACAACGUGCAGUCAUUGUUAGAUGCAGCGAACCAGUACCAGAUUGAACCUGUGAAGAAAAUGUGUGUUGAUUUUUUGAAAGAACAAGUUGAUGCUUCAAAUUGUCUUGGUAUAAGUGUUCUAGCAGAGUGUCUAGACUGUCCUGAAUUGAAAGCAACUGCAGAUGACUUUAUUCAUCAGCAUUUUACUGAAGUUUACAAAACUGAUGAGUUUCUACAACUUGAUGUUAAACGAGUAACACACCUCCUCAACCAGGAUACUCUGACUGUGAGAGCAGAGGAUCAGGUUUAUGAUGCUGCAGUCAGGUGGCUGAAAUAUGAUGAACCUAAUCGCCAGCCAUUUAUGGUUGAUAUCCUUGCUAAAGUCAGGUUUCCUCUUAUAUCAAAGAAUUUCUUAAGUAAAACAGUACAAGCUGAGCCACUUAUUCAAGACAAUCCUGAAUGCCUUAAGAUGGUGAUAAGUGGAAUGAGGUAUCAUCUACUUUCUCCAGAGGAUCGAGAAGAGCUGGUAGAAGGAACAAGGCCUAGAAGAAAGAAACACGACUACCGCAUAGCCCUAUUUGGAGGUUCCCAACCACAGUCUUGUAGAUAUUUUAACCCAAAGGAUUAUAGCUGGACAGACAUCCGCUGCCCCUUUGAAAAACGAAGAGAUGCAGCGUGCGUGUUCUGGGACAAUGUAGUGUACAUUUUGGGUGGCUCCCAGCUUUUCCCCAUAAAACGAAUGGACUGCUAUAACGUAGUGAAGGAUAGCUGGUAUUCCAAACUCGGCCCUCCAGCACCCCGAGAUAGCCUUGCUGCUUGUGCUGCAGAAGGCAAAAUUUAUACAUCUGGAGGUUCAGAAGUAGGAAACUCCGCCCUGUAUUUAUUUGAAUGCUAUGAUACAAGAACUGAGAGCUGGCACACGAAGCCCAGCAUGCUGACUCAGCGCUGCAGCCACGGGAUGGUGGAAGCCAAUGGCCUGAUCUAUGUUUGUGGUGGAAGUUUAGGGAACAAUGUUUCUGGGAGAGUGCUGAAUUCCUGUGAAGUUUAUGAUCCCGCCACAGAAACGUGGACUGAAUUGUGUCCAAUGAUUGAGGCCAGGAAGAAUCAUGGACUGGUAUUUGUAAAGGACAAGAUAUUUGCUGUGGGAGGUCAGAAUGGUUUAGGUGGUCUGGACAACGUGGAGUAUUACGAUAUUAAAUUAAAUGAAUGGAAGAUGGUCUCACCAAUGCCAUGGAAGGGUGUAACAGUGAAAUGUGCAGCAGUUGGCUCUAUAGUUUAUGUCUUGGCUGGUUUUCAAGGUGUGGGUCGUUUAGGACACAUCCUUGAAUAUAAUACUGAAACAGACAAAUGGGUCGCCAACUCCAAAGUCCGUGCUUUCCCAGUGACAAGUUGUUUAAUUUGUGUUGUUGAUACUUGUGGCGCAAAUGAAGAGACCCUUGAAACAUGAAAAAUGAGUGGACUUCAAGACUCAUCAGAGAUUCGAAAAUGUGGCCAUCAGUGCUUUGUUUCAAGAUUUUGGUUACAAAGUUUUGGUUUACAGUUUUGUUUUGUUUUUUUAAAGAAAGUUUUAAGUAAAAUAAGAUCCUUGCAAAAUAAAUGUUUCUUUUAUAUGGUUUUCUUUACUUGAAUAGACGACCCUAUUUUAGCUGGCCACAUAGCCAGGAACAUAUCUAGCAAGACAACUUGAAAAAUUAUCAGCAUUUGAUGAAAAUAUGAAUUCUAGAAUGAGUUUCACGUUUGUAAUUGUGAUUAUGGCAGAGUAGGGGACUGGCUCAUCAGUGAAGCAGCCUCAUCUUAGCUCUAGAUUCUAUUUUCAUACAUCAUGGAAGUGCUAUGUAGUUUGGUCUGUUUCUGUUCUGUCAAGUACUAAGGAAUAGUAUAAAUUGCAAGUCCAGACAGGCAGCUCUGGUGGAGCAGCUUCGUCUCACAUCAUUUUGCUUGUCUUCAUAUGCUUCAUUUAGUGCCAAAUGUAUUCCAUUUAAAAGUAAGCCCAGAGUGUGUUAAAGCACACACACAUACACACGCAUUCACACAACUUCAUAAAUGGAUUUUUGGAAUUAAAAAUGUACCCAGCUUCUCAUGAAAUAUAUUCAGUCUAAUUAAAUAUAUACUGUCUUUUUAAUGCAAAAUGUCCAGCUCAGCACCCAUCAUUAAUUUAUUUCACUUUUACCCAGUGGUUAAAAAAGGAUUCUGUCUCUUCAAUCCUUACUAUUAAAUCAAAUCAAAUCCUAAUAAGAAUUAUUAACUAGCAAAAGAUAAAGGUAUUUACAAUAAAUUUCUAGAUCACUAGAAGAGCACUGAGAGUUGUACCAUAAUAUCAGUGUUGACCUUGAACUUCUUAAGGAUUAAAAAGAUAACAUGAUUUUUUUUUCCUUAGCAGGACACAUCAAAUAUAUAUAUUCAACCCAGUAAGCUCUAAAAGUUUUGUAGAAAUUACAGCUUUAAAUAUACAUCAGAUUUCAUAUUGGUUAGUUUUAUGUGGUCAGUGAUCUUUUACAAUCCCAACUACUCAUUUCUUUCCUUACAGUAAUGUGUUGCCCUUUACACUGUGUAUGGAAUGAGCCAUGUAAAGCUGUCACCAUCAUUAUUUUUAAUCUGAUAAUAUUAAAUAUUUUUUAACCUAAAAUAGACUGUUCAGUUUUAUUCAUUCCUUGUUUUAAACGUGUUAGAUAAUGGUUAUUUUUUAAAUCUGUGAAGCAAUGUUUCUAUUUUCAUUUUCUUUCUGUUCUUUAUAUUAGUUUAUAGUAGUUUUGAUCCCUAAAAAGCUUUUCAAUAAAAAAGGAAUUAGAGAAAGCCUAAUGAUGGGUAUAUUUAUGUAGGGUUUUUUUUAAUGUGUAUAAAAAUUUUUUUUUAUAAAAAUUUAUCGAGAUAUAAUUCAGAUAUCAUACAAUUCAUUCAUUUAAAAUGUACCAUUCAAUGGUUAAUAUGUUAACAGAAUUGUGCAACAUUAUCACAAUCAGUUUUAGAACAUUCAUAUCCAGAGAGAAACCUCUUACCUAAUGGCAGUCACCCCACAAUUUCCUCCAAACCCCACCCCCGGCCCUAGGCUUAAAAGUAUCACCAUACUUUAUGGAUUUGCCUAUUCUGGACAUUCUUAUCUAGGAUUUUGAAUGUAGAACUCCAUUGAAAAAUGUGGCGAGUUAAUUUUUUUUUAAGAGAAGAAUAUAAUAUUACAAUAUGGCUAUAUUAUGUAAUUUGUAAUCUCCAAUGUGGAAUAUGCAGCACUGUAUGAGAUAUUUGAGAUACACUAGCCUUUUGUUUUUAGGCUGUGCAACUGACUAGAACACAUUAUAGUAAGUAUGUAGACAGUGUAAUGCAGGUUAUAAUAAGUUUUUUUCUUAGUAAUUUUUAUCAUCAUAAGUCCCAGUUAGGGUCCGUUUGUUUGAAAAUGUUCUACAAAAUCGUCAAUGCCAAGAUGAGUAAAAGUCCAAUGGAUUGACAUACUACCUUUUUUCAAUAAUACUUAUAAAGUAUCUACAUUUUUUGUAGACAUUUGAUAUGUUAAUGUUAUGUCCACUGUUUGGAUGACAGCAACUUAGUUUAUACUUUGAAAACCAUGAACAUAGAAGUUUUAGCAUCUUGAAAAAAUUAUUCCUGUAAAAGACAGUAACUACAAUUUGUGACUAUAUGACCAAACUUUCAAAAACUUGGCAUAUAAAUAGCCUCAUGAAAAACUCUGAGCUGUGAAUUAUUUUGACAUUAAAAUAUUACUAAAAGAAAACGAGUCAUUUAAUAAACGAUUCAACCAAACAGUUUAUAUCCCUUUACCUUAACACUGUUAACAGCAGAAAUCCUGGAUUUGCUGCAGAGACCAUGGAAAAGGAGGUAUCUGGAAGAAAAUCUGCCUUUUAAGGGUACUAUAUUUUUAUUAACAGAGAGGAGCCCUGGCAGUGCAGUGGUUAAGCAUUCUGCUGCUAACCGAGAGGUCAGCGGUUCCAACCCACCAGCUGCUCCAGAGGAGAAGGAUGGGGCAGUUGGCUUCCCUAAAAGUUUUCAUCCUUGGAAACCCUGUGGGGCAGUUCUACUCUGUCCUAUAGGGUCGCUAUGAGUCAGAAUCAACUGGAGGGCAAUGGAUGGGAACUGUUAACAUAUCAAAGACUUGAGAAAACUCAGUCUACUCCUACAUGCCACCAAUGUCACCAAACCAGCUCUCACUCUCAUUGCUGCGGAGUCCAUUCUGACUCCUGGCGACCCUAUAGGACAGAGUAGAAGUGCCCCAUAGGGUGUCCAAAGCUGUCAUCUUUGCAGAAGCAGACUGCCACAUCUUUAUCCUACCAAGUGGCUGCUGGGUUGGAACCGCCGACCUGUCAGUUGGCAGCCCAGUACUUAACCACUGCCCCACCAGGGAGUUCCUUCAGCUCUCACUAAAUCCCAAUAAUUUCAUAAUAUUAAAGGACAUUUUUUAGGCUUCAUCGUUUAACACUUGCUGAGUCCUUCAAGUAACCUUCUUCCUCUUUACAAUUGCCUCAAAGGACUCCAAAAUACUUGUGUCCGUUUUUUAUCUUCCUAACUUUUCUCCUUUCCCAAUGUGUGUCAAACUACUUUGGAAGUAAUAAUAAUAAUUAAAAAAAUAGUCUGUGCUGAUAAAUUGUCUGAAAUGUUAUCCUUACCAACUAGAAAGCUUUUGGCUUUCUCAGGCAAUUAAGGCACCAUCAUAAGAAAGACUAUGGAAUUGACUCCACGGCACUGGGUUGGGUUUUCAUUAAAAAGAUGUAAAAUCGGGUUUAAGAUCAAGUCCAUUCAAAUCUUGCCAGGUGAUUUCCCUGACUUUCUCUUCCAAACUGCUGUUGGAUUUGUUUCCAUUAUCGUAUGUUUAAACUCUUUAAGAGUACUUUUCUUUUUAUGAUUGCCCUUUUUUAUAGUAUGCCCUUGUUUCAUGUUAUCCUUACUGAGGAUAUUUUUGUUUCUUUAACAUUUUUAUACUUUUGGUGUUAUUUCUGUUUCCUGUGACUUCUUUUUCUGUUUGUUUGCUUGGCUUUUUCCUAUUGGAGUCUUUCCUCAAAUACCUGGUUCCUGGCUGUGCAUUUAUAUUUAUAAUGAGACAUUUAAAAGCUGAUGAUAUUUUUUGUGUACAAAUAAUUUCUUGUGUGGAUAAUAAUUUACAUGAAAAAAAACCUCACCAUAUAACGAGGGAAUGGCCGACUAUUUUUGCCGGAGACCUAAAGGAGAUCCAUAGGUAGUUUUCUAGGGUGUUUGUUUCUCUAGAAAAUAAUCUUCCAAUUUCCUGCCCCUUAGAAGGAGGGCACUAUAAGCCUGGAUUCUUGGAGCUCAGGCAUAGGACACUGUCUCACCCUUCAAUAAGCAGAUCUUUACUCAGUCCCUCUUUUGUCAGUACCAUAACUUGUCCUCCCUACCUGACGUCCUGGAGUCUGAAGCCUUUCAUUCCAUUUUUUCAAGAAUUAAGCCUAUAUCCUGUCAGGCAGGGACAGUCAACUGCCUCACUGGGUGGGUUUAUGGAGCUAGGUUCUACCUGCACCUUAUAUAGAUUUUCAAACCACCCUUCUGUGGUUCCUGGUGACUCUUCCUCAGGCUUCUCAGGCUUCUCUGGGGACAUCUAUGUCCACCUUGCAGGAAUAUAAUUUGAUCUUCCUCUCUGCUAAGUAAUUUACAAUUUUUCUUUCAUGUCCUUUCAGUCUUCGUAAAUUGUGGUUCAGAACUGUGGAUAUCACACUAUAGUCAAAGAUGAUGUUUUUUCUUAUUUUCACUGUUACAUCAAGAUGGGUCACAAGAGGAAAGGGAGGCAGAAGUACUUCUGUUAUAAAACCAGAAGUUUCCUUCCUGUAACGCCAUGCUCCUGAUUUCCACCUACUACUCAUAAUCCAAGGAGCCCUGGUGGUACAGUGGUUAAUCACAGAGCUGCUAACUGAAAGGUCCGCAGUUCAAAUCCACCAGCUGCUCUGCAGGAGAAAGCUGUGCCAAUCUGCUUCCGUGAAGAUUUACAGCCUUGGAAACCCUAUGGGGCAGUUCUACUCUAUCCUAUAGGGUCCCUAUGAGUUGAAAUUGUGGAGCAGUAGGUACGCAUAUACCUGAGCACUAUAAGUUCUGCAAGCCUUAGCCCUAGGCUCUCAUCUCACACUCAGUACUCCAUCUAGACAAUCUCAACCAGGAGCCUUGCCCACCUCUCCACCCUCAUCGAGCACCAUGGUCACCCUCACUAAGUUUCAGCCACCCCUGUUAUUUCGUUCUCUGAUCCCAGCAAAGUCCUCAUGCACAUUGCUAUUUGCAUGGAGGAGGAGCCAAAUGAGACAUGCGUUAAUACAAAAAAAUUGAUCAAAUAAGGAAAUAAAUUAAGAAUGGGGGAGGCAGGUUUCUCACUACCAAACAAGGGAGUUAUAACAUGAAUCUUACGAUACUAGAUUGGAAUUAGAGGUGAUUAUCAGUGUAAACUCAUGGUCAUAUCUGUCUAUAUGUAAAUAUGUAUGUAGGUAUGUAUAUACAUUCAUAUUUACAAACAUUUCCUAGCAAUGUUCAUGAAAGGGUCUAGGUGCAAAAACAUCCUAGUAACAACAAACAACACUUAAAAGGCCAGAUCUUGGCCUCUAAGUACCACCAAAAGGAAUCAGGGCUUUUUGGAGAAUGGCUGAUUCCAGGACUGGAGCAUCCCUUUGGGGCAAGAAAGUAAAGAAAUACUCAAAGAAUCAUGGGAUGUAUCAAAAGAAAAAGGAGCUAGCUUAAAAGGUUUCCCACUGGUCAAAUUGGGGACAAGUUGAGCAUCAAAAUAAAUGAUAGUAAUGGAUUAUAACCCAUUGAAUAAAAUUGAAAACUAUGAAUCUAUACUGAUACAAAUAAAUGAAUAAAAUUUUUAUGAAGAAAGAUUUUUAUAUAGUUUCAAAGUAUCUCCCCACAAAAUGCUAAUAACAAAAAGGGAAAAAGUAACAUUACAAUGGAGAAGCCUCGGAAAGUGAACAUUAAAAGAGAAGCAAUUCCACUCCUAGGAAUAUACUCAAGAGAAAUAAGAGACAUUACACAAAUAGACAUAUGCACACCCAUGUUCACUGCAGUAUUAUUCACGAUAGCAAAAAAUGGAAACAACCUAGGUACCCAUAAACAGAUGAAUGGAUAAACUAUGGUACGUACACAAAAUGGAAUACUAUGCAACAAUUAAGAAUGAGGAAUCUGCAAAACAUCUCAUGACAUGGAUGAAUCUAGAGGGCAUUAUGCUGAGUGAAAUAAGUCAAUCACACAAAAGGACAAAUAUUGUAUGAGACCACUACUAUGAAAACUCACAGAGAGGUUUACACACAAAAAGAAACAAUUUUUGAUGGUUACGAGGUGGGGAGGAGUGGAAGGGAAAAACACUAAACAGAAAAUAGAUAAGUGAUAACGUUGAUGAAGGGUAAGACGGUACACAACACGGGGAAAGCCAGAACAACUUGUCCAAGGCAAGGUCACGGUAGCUCCAUAGACACAUCCAAACUCCCUGAGGGACUACAUUACUGGACUGAGGGGUGUGGGGACCAUGGUCUCGGGGAACAUCUAGCUCAAUUGGCAUAAUGUAGUUCAUAAAGAAAAUGUUCUACAUUCUACUUUGGUGAGUAGCAUCUAGUUUCUUAAAAGCUUGUAUGUGGCCAUCUAAGAUACUCCACUAGUCUCACCCCCUCACCAUCUGGAGCAAGGGAGAAUGAAGAAAACCAAAGACAUAAGGGAAAGAUUAGUCCAAAUGACUGAGGGACCACAAGUACUACAGCCUCCACCAGGCUGAGCCCAGCACAACUAGAUGGUGCCAGGCUACCACCACCAAUUGCUCUGACAGGGAUCACAAUAGAGGGUCCCAGACAGAGCUGGAGAAAAAUACAGAAUGUCACCCA